AUGGAAACAGAUGUUGUUAAAAACACUGCUCCUCAAACAUCCAUUGCAAGAAAGAGGAGAAAGCUUAUUCUUAAAGCAAAGAGGGAUUAUCGAAACCGUGUCAGAUCAAGCAACCUCACUUCCCAUUUAAAUCAUAAUUUUACAUCUUCUGUAACAUAUGAAACCACUAUUGAAACGGCUAUGGCUAGAAAGAGAAGGAAAAUAAUCUUGGAUAACAGAAAAAGAUUGAGAAAUUUGUUCAAUACUGAAGUUAGUAGGGUUCAAAAUACGAACAACAUUGUUAGUCAAAGUCAGAACAUGGAUCAUGCAUCUACUUCAAAUUAUAAUAUGUCAAGUCAGUCCAUGGAUCAUCCAUCUACCUCAAAUCAUAAUGUGUCUGUUGAAUCUCAUUAUGAAGACAAUGAUGACUCCAACUCUGACAAUAAUUUAAAUUCUUCUAAUAGUUCCGGCUCUGACGAAGAUUCAGACCCGACACAAUUACAGGAGGCCCAUCUUCAAGAAUAUUACGAUAUUGGCGACCAAAGUUAUGAAUGCGCACACUGCCAAGCAUGUAUGUGGUACCAAGAAAAAGUGAAUAGACACAAAAUUACAGCAACUCCUCGCUUUUAUCGUUGUUGCCGUGGAGGAAAAAUUGUUCUUCCGUUCCUUGAGCAACCUCCACAGGUGUUGCAAGAUCUUCUAUUUAAUAACACAUAUUCAGAUAGUAAAAACUACCAGGCUAACAUACAAACAUACAACGCAAUGUUCUCAUUCACUUCCCCUGGAAUGAAGUUCGACACAACAUAUUCUAAAAGAGGUGGACCCCCUACUUUGAGACUGCAGGGUCAGACCUGUCAUCGAAUUGGUACACUGCUGCCAGAAACAGGGGAACCUCCGCAAUAUGCUCAAUUAUACAUCUAUGACACGGACAAUGAAGUUGAACACAGAAUAAAAUGUUUCAAGGACAACAAAGGCAUCGAGCGACCGGUUGUCAAAAAGCUCAAGAUGAUGUUAGAUCAGCACAAUGUUCAUGCCAAAGCUUUUAGAAUGGCAAGGGACGUUUUAAGGACAAAUUCUUUCACAGAUUUAAAACUCAGGCUUAUUUCUGAUAGAUCCGAAGAUGGCCGUGUUUACAACAAACCUACUGUCUCAGAAGUGGCUGCACUCAUUGUGGGAGACAUUGAUUCUGCUGAUAAAAGGGACAUCUUAAUUCAGCGCCGCAAUGGUGGUUUGCAACGAAUAGAUGAGUUUCACCCAGCAUAUUUGGCUUAUCAGUAUCCUCUUAUAUUUCCUUAUGGGGAAGAUGGUUACAGGAAAAAUAUAAUGCACAGAUAUCGCCAUGAAACUGAGGUCACUAAGAGAAACCGUCAAAGCAUUAAGGAUUGGUUUUCUUACCGGUUACAACAACGUCGCAAAGAGGCAAAAACACUACUUUACUCAAGACGCCUAUUUCAACAAUUCUUAGUCGACGGCUAUGCUAUGAUGGAAUCCGAACGACUGAAUUGGUUGAGAGAUAAUCAGUCGAAAUUAAGAGUGGGCAAAUAUAAUAAUUUGGCCGCUCAAACUGAUGGCGAUACAAGAAAUGAACACCAAAAGCGAGGAAAACGAGUUGUUCUGCCAUCAACAUUUGUUGGUAGCAAGAGAUAUAUGGAUCAACUAUAUUUUGACGGUAUGGCCAUUUCAAGUCAAUUGGGAUUCCCUGAUUUAUUUGUUACUUUUACCUGCAACCCAAAUUGGCCUGAAAUUAAAAGAGCAUUGUCAGGCACAGGUCUACAACCCCAUGAUAGGCCAGAUAUCAUUUCAAAAGUUUUCAAAAUAAAGUUUGAUACCCUCAUGGAUGAUAUUACAAAACACCAUGUCGCGGGAAAAGUGAUUGCAUAUAUGUACACCAUCGAAUUCCAAAAGCGCGGAUUGCCACAUGCUCACAUCUUGAUAUUCCUACACCCUAAGAGCAAAUACCCAACACCAUCUGACAUAGACAAGAUCAUUUCUGCUGAAAUUCCCGACCCGACUGUUCAUCCCAAUUUAUACAAAUUGGUUAGGGCACAUAUGAUGCAUGGACCCUGUGGGCUUGCUCGCGUGACCUCACAAUGUAUGAAGAAUGGACGAUGUUCUAAAUACUACCCCAAAAAGUUUAUUGAAGACACUAUUGUUGAUGCAGAGGGAUAUCCGCUGUAUAGGAGAAGAUCAAAAACCUUCACUAUUGAAAAAAAUGGUAUCACCUUGGACAACAGACAUGUGGUUCCAUAUAAUACCAGAUUUCUUAUGAAAUACCAGGCACAUAUAAACAUGGAAUGGUGUAAUCAGAGUACUUCCAUAAAAUAUCUUUUCAAAUAUAUCAAUAAAGGCUAUGACAGAAUAACAGCAGCAGUUUCAACAAAUAGCAAUCAACCUGUUGAUGAGAUCCAACAAUAUCUCGACUGCAAGUAUGUCUCACCCAGUGAAGCAUGCUGGCGCAUUUACUCUUAG